CAUCACUCUGGCGGUUAGAUUUGAAUACUUCACGGACAGUGGCGGGAUGUUGUGAGGUGACGUCCAAUGCGGAGGAGCGCGCGGACCCCAGACAAGUCAAGCAGAAAAACGUUUUCAAAAAUGGAUGGGAUAUAUUCAGAGGCUAAUGAAGAGAAUGACAAUACACAGAGGCCUGUUAGAAGACAGCAUUCCUCAAUUUUGAAACCCCCAAGGAGUCCUCUUCAGGACCUCAAAUGUGGAAAUGAAAUAGUUCAGGAAUCUAAUGCUCCGAGAACCAGGAAAAGCUCUCGUCGGGUCAGCUUUGCAGAUACUAUAAAAGUAUUCCAGACAGAGUCCCAUAUGAAAACGGAAAAAAAUUCAGAAAUUUCAGAGACAGAAGCCAGAAAAAAUGUGUUGACCCUACAGAACAAGAAUUUAGAUGAUAACUAUUGUGCAAUUACUGGAAUGAACACUUUGCUUUGUGCUCCAAUUCAGACUCAGAUGCAACAAAAGGAGUUUUCAAUUACAGACUGCAACCCUGAAAGGAAACAUGCAAAUGAUCAAACAGUCAUCUUUUCAGAUGAAAAUCAGAUGGAUCUGACAGCAAGUCACACGGUGAUGAUUGCCAAAGGUCUUGUAGACUGUACCAAACAUGAAAAUUCCACAAAAAUAGAUACCACAUCCUUUCUGGAGAAUUUAAAGCAUCGUGCUGCGAAUUCAAGAGUUAAAAACGAUUUAGCAUGUCCAAUAAUUUCUAUAAAUCAAAACAUUUUUUCAGAAAAGAAAAAUUCUGACAACUUCAUAAAAAGAUUGAAAAUGGGGAAAUAUAAUACUUCUUCUACAGAACUUGAUAAGGAAAAUGCUGAAAUACCUGUUCAUUCCAAAGACUCAAACAGUGCCUCUUCCACGUGUCAAAUACAUGCAUCGCUUAGUGUCGAUGAACAUAGUAGUAAUAAGACUAGACUCUUUACAGAACAAGAUGAUGGGAUGAAUUUGACCCAGUGUCAUACAGCCUGUAUUCAGACUUGGAUUCCUCCAUCCAGGGAGGCCACCUUGGGAGAGGUUAAAGGUGAUAAUACAAUUUAUGGCAAUGAGUGUAUGGAGUUGACAACUAACUACACGAUACAGGUGUUGUCAUCAGAAAAUAACUUACCUGAAAGAGAAAAUCAAGCUCAAAAUGAUGUGAUUGAUGUUACAACAGUCGAUGGAGCUACAGCUCCAGAGAAAAAAACAGCCCUUAAGGAUAAACUAAAUGCUGCUUUUCACAGCUCUUUCCCAAACCCUGAAAAUAAACUUCAUAUUACCAAAUGUCAUCCUAUAGAGUCAGAAACUCAUACAGUCACACAGAUUUCUAAUCAAAAUGCCAACACAUUGGCUAUGACCUCAGAAUCUGUAUGUUCUAGCCCAGCUAUUCAAGGGUAUAAAACAAUUUUUUACUCUAGUAGCAAUGAUGCAAUGGAACUGACUAAGUGUCUAUCAAUUAUGCAAGAGGAAAAAAAAUUGCUGAAGACUGAUGAUAAGUAUUCUAAAAUAUGUACCAAUUCAGAUGCUAGCCCACUCAGAGAGAAAACUAUUUAUUCAGAAGAGGAUAGCAUGGACAUUACCAAAAGUCACACAGUUGCAAUAGAUAAUAAGAUAUUUAAACAUGAUCAAGAAAACAUUAAAAAAGAAAUAACAGCUCUACCAAUAUUUGAAAAAGAAAUGAUGCUCCAAAAUCUUAAAACUAUGUCCAAAGAUGAGAAAAUGAAUGUGAAUUCUAUUACAGUUCCUCAAGUAUCUAAAGAAAGUUUACAACAGAGUCUGACAAAUGCCUUAUCUAUUUCAUUGGCUGAUAAAACAAUGGAAUUCUUAGCAGGUGAAGAUAUGGAUUUGACUAAAAGUCACACAACUAAGUUAAGUCAAGUUAUUCCUACAACUUUUGACUUAGCAUCAAAGAAUGUCACCAAAUCUUCCUCUCACAGCAAAAGCCCUUCAGAUGAGUGGGAAGGCCUGGAAAAACAAAUUGUGCUAGGCCAGCAUUCUAAACUUCCUUCACCACAGAGGAAAGAUUUAGAUGAUCCUGACUGUUCUCAUCAUAAGAUAAUGUAUUCAGAGGAGGUACAAACUAUGGAUCUAACCAAGAGCCACACUAUUGUGAUUGGGUUUGGUUCUUCUGAGGUACAAGAACACAGUAAGAUUAAUUUAGAACACAAAAGCAGCCAACUUACAGCAGAAAACAGACAAACAGCUGUGAACAUUCCUGGAAUAAACUUUAGAGUAGUAACAACUAAUGAUAUGGACAUGUUAAAGGACAGAAGUAUACAUAAGCCAGAAUUGCUGGAGGAAAAGCAAAACGUCAAAAUUUAUGGAAGAAAAAGUAUGGGUGGACUGAAGAUUGAUAAAACUAUAUUAUUUUCAGAGGGUAAUGAGGAUGAUAUGGAUAUCACUAAGAGUUGCACAGUCAAAAUAAACCAUCGGUCUUUAUUAGAUAAACAUGAUUCUCAUUUAGUAUCUUUGGCAGGAACUUCUAAAACCAUUUUGCAUGCACGUGGACAGGAUGAAAUGGAAAUUAAUAGAAAUCACACGACUCCUUUAGAGUGUAAAAUUAUCUCACCCAGUGAUAUAACUUCUGGUGAUCUGAGUAAGACUGUGAUGUCUAUAGAUGAUCAUGAGGAACUAGAAAUGACUAAGUCCCAUACUGUUUUCAUUGACUACCAAGCAGAGGCAAAAGGUGUACUUCCAGACAGACUUGACUUUCAAUUAUCCAAAAAGAAAAGCCUACAGAAGCCAAAAAUGACAUCUACUCAUGCUGAAGAGAUUGUUUCCAUUUCAAAAAAUAGUGAAAGCAACUAUCUACCAGCCAAAGGCAGCCAGGUAACAAUAUUAGAGGAAGGAUCUAAUAGUGGGCCUGGGGAAGAAACUAAUGAUGCACAAAAGCCUGGAUUUCUGAAUGAACCUCUGUCAGGCAAAACUCAAAGAAGAGAAAGCCUUAAGCUCAAAAAUAAGACUAUUACAUUUUCAGGAAAUGAUAAAAGUAAUAGAGAUAUCACUCAGAGUUCUGUGGUAGAAAUAAAUAAUGAAACUAACCUGGAAGAUAGAAAGGGCUUCAGUUUUGUGCCAUUGGCAGGAACUUCCAAGCCAGUUUUAUCUGCAUAUCGGCCAGAGGACAUGGAGAUCUCUAUAAGUCAAACCUCUGCUUCGGAGUAUAAAACUAUCCCACCAGAUGAAAUGACUACUAUACCUAUGGAUAAAACUGUAAUGUUUGUAGAUAAUCUCAGUGAUCUGGGUGUCACCAGAUCCCAUACGUUUUUCAUCGAUUGUCAAGCCAAAGAGAAAGUACUUCAUGAAUAUACCAACUUGGGAAUACCAAAACCACAAAACUUGAGUGGUUCUGAAGAUAAUUCCUGUAUUCAAGAAAUCACCAAAAAACCAGUAGCUGAAUACAAACACCAUAUGACAACUGUUAUUCCUUCUAAUACAUUAUUUAGUGAUCAAAGUACAAUGAAAAUCAAGAUGCAUAAAGCUGAUAUAGAUGAAGAGGGCAUAGGAAAGGAAGUGGAGGCCGAUACAUUGAAACAAACUAAACUUGAAAGGUGUCUGUUAAAUAGAACUGAUGGAAAAAAUGUGGAUUUUACAAGUAGUCAUAUAGCUGAUGUUUGUACAUCCAGAGACAAGUAUUCCUCUUUACCAAAUGUUAUUUCUUCUUCUGAUAAUUUAGAUAGUAAUACUAAGUCCUUGUGUGAUAAAAGUAGGGAGAAAGCUUAUAAUUGCCAAGUGCCAAAUGAGUUUACUUUUGCAGAUAAUUUACCAAGUAGAUAUCACCUGGAUUCUGAAAUACCAUCUGUCUUUGUAUCAUGUCCUUCAAAAGAAGUUACUCAAACUGAAAGUGCCAUAGCACUACUUCAAGAUCAAGAUCAAGAGCCUCUGGGACUCUCAAAGUGUGCAUCUCUUAAGUGUGCAAAGGAUCAAAUGGAGGCCUUUGUUGAUGUUAGUGUUGCUUCUCAGCCUCAUCUCUCAGCCCAACAACCUCCAUCAACUCAAAAAGGGCAGGAUGCCGCCAAUAGAGAUGAAGGAAUGCUAUCUAAAGCUGGGAAGAAGACUUUACCUUUUCUUAUAGGAAAUGUCUCUGCACCCACAUGUGAAAAUGCGUCCAAAAUGCCUACUAAUGAGGAACACUUUGCUGUAACCUAUAACAAAGAACUGGAAAAAAGUAUUCAAACAGAUAAAUGUAAUACAAAUGUACACAACCAUAGUAACUCAGUCCUGACAACACAAGUCAUUCAAACACAUGCCAGUGCCGAAGCAGCAUCAGACUCUAUAGUUCCAUCUAAUGGUUCCUGUUUUAGUAGUGCCAAACCAAGUCUGAGUAAUUUGAAUAGAAAAACUGGGAAGGUUUUAGACUUUAAUACUGUUCAUAUAUUACCUCCUGCAGAACAGUUACUUGAAGCAGGAAAUCAGGCACAUAGUAUGAGUAUAGUACAAGGUACAGAAAUACAUAGCCUAGGUUCCAGCAAUGACAGAGAUAAAGAAAGUAAAACUCUGCAUAAUGAGGCCGAAGCUACAUCUGUACCACUAAAAGCAGUUGUUAAAGACAAAGCAAGAAGAUGUUCAUUGGGAAUAUUUUUACCCAAAUUACCAAACAAGAAAAGUUGUAGUAUCACUGGUGUUGAUGAUGUGGAACAGAUUCUAGCAGAUGCAACUGACUUAACUCACCUAGAAACUCAGCCAGUCUGUAGUCAAGAUCCGGGCAUUGGCUCUGUUGCAGCCAAACUGAACUUGAGUCCAUCUCAGUAUAUAAAUGAGGAGAAUCUCCCUGUAUAUCCCGGUGAGAUACUUUCAUCAGAUUCUGUCAUCCUGGACAUUGAGGAAAGUGCUCCGAUCGACACAUAUCAUAAAGAGAUUUUACCAUCUGAAAACAAAACAGAAACCUGCAGGGCCCAAAAAAGAGCCUGGGUUCAAGAAAAUGAGGUUAAAAAUGAGAAAAAAAUCAGAACACAUGAUGGUGCACAAGAUCAAGAGAUUUUUGAUCAUUAUACUGAAGAGGACAUCAAUAAAAGUAUUAACAAUGUAUUUCUAAAAAGCCUGAGCAGGACACCGUCUAGUUCUAGCAGCUCUCUGGAUUCAAUCAAGGCUGAUGGAAUCUCUCUGGAUGCCAGCACACAGCGUAAUAGCCAAAUGGAAUCACAGUUUCUUGGUGACACUAUCUGUGAAGAGAGUUUGAGGGAGAAACUGAAGGAUGGACAAAUUACAAUCAAAGAGUUCUUCAUACUUCUUCAAGUUCAUAUCUUAAUACAGAAACCUAGGCAGAGCACUCUCCCAGCCAAAUUUACUAUAAACACAUUACCUACCACAGAAGAUCUGAUGUUGAGACAAUAUGUUUACGGACCCAAGAUACAAAUUUACAGAGAAGAUUGUGAGCUUCUUCGACAGAAGAUUGAAGAAUUGAAGGUAUCUGCGUUGAACCAAGAUAAACUAUUGGUGGAUGUAAAUAGGAACUUGUGGGAAAAAAUGAAAGACUACUCUGACGAAGAGCUGAAGACCUAUGGAAUUUACCUUAACAAAAUAAAAUCACGUUAUACCAAGAUGACGAAAGUCUUCACUCACCAAGGAAAAGUGGAUCUGUAUAGCAAAUUGGUGCACUCAGCUGAGACUGAGAAGAGGAAACUUCAGAUAAAAAUCAACGAGAUGGACACCAUACUUAAGAAGAUCAAUAACUGUCUCACUGCAGUGGAAAUAGAAACUAAGAAUUUGGAGGCUGAAGAGAAAGAUGAUGCCAUGGAAGAUUGGGAUUCUGAAAUACGAGAUGCAGAGAAAGAACUGGAAAGGCUGAAAACUGAGGAAGAGGAGCUUCAAAGAAAGUUCUUAGAAGUAGAGACACAGAAAACGCAGACCCUUGCUCAGAUAGAAUUUAUAAAAGAACAAACAACUGAAACAGAAGAAUUAUUGGAUCAAUUGAGUUUUUCUGAGUGGGAUAUCAUCGAGUGGAGUGAUGAACAAGCGGUAUUUACCUUUGUUUAUGAUUCAAUAGAACUUAUCAUCACUUUUGGAGAGCCUCAGGUUGGUCUCCCUUUCUUGGACAAGGCUUACAGGACGAUUAAUGAACUCAGUUUUCAGUCUCUGUUAGACGAAGAUAAAGCGCCUCCUUCCUCCCUCUUGGUCCACAAGCUUAUUUUCCAGUACAUUGAAGAGCAGGAGUUCUGGAAGAAGAAGUGCACAACACAGCAUCAGGUGCCCCAGAUGCUUCAAGAACUCUCAUUGGUAGUUAACCAUUGUAGGCUUCUUGGAGAAGAGAUUGAAUUUUUAAAGCGAUGGGGACCAAAUUAUAGCCUAAUGCAUAUAAAUGUGAAUAAUACUGAAUUACGGCUUCUAUUCUCCAGUUCUGCAGCAUUUGCAAAGUUUGAGAUAACUUUGUUUCCCUCGGCCCAUUAUCCCUUGGUCCCACUACCAUUCACCAUUCAAAAUCACCUUGGGAAGACUGGCCAUGAUGAAAUUGCUGCCGUUAUCUCUAAAGUGCCCUUAGAGGAAAACUACCUGAAGAAUGUAGUCAAGCAGAUUUACCAAGAUCUACUUAAGGACUGAAACUUUUGCCAUAAACCACAGAUCACAGCUAUAACAACCAAGAAAAAAAUAUCCAUUUACCCAGGCAUAGAGGUGAACUCUUGAAAUCUCAGGAUUCCAGUAAGAGAUGAUCAAGGCCAGCCUAUGAGAACUGGUUGAAAAACAGAGUACUUAAAUGGUACAUCAGAGUCAAUAUUGAUAUUUACCCUUUGUCUUAAUAUCAUAUAAAACUAGCAAAAUUCCUCCCCAUGAUGUCAUAGUUAAUUUGUAUCAUUAGUUUUAAAAUACCUAGUCAAAAAUGAUGAGGUCUCAAAUAACAUAUUAUCUACUUGCUAUUAUACCUAUAGGUUAAAUGAUCAGACGUGUGAAAAUUUUCCCCUAAAGUAGCUUAUUGAUAGAACACUUAUCUUGUGUGUAUGAAGCCCUACAUUUAAUACCACAAAAAAAAAUUUUUUUUUAAGAAAGUCGAAAGUUGUGCUCUUGCCUUAAUACAAGCUCUAAGAGUAACAUUUAUGAGGAAAGAUUAGUAAUUCCUCCUACCUGGAGCUGUGUAUUUAUGGUUUUUGCAUAGCAGAUCUAUCUACAGUAGAAACAUUUCUAUCAGUUUCUCCUAGUAGAUACCUAUAGCACAGCUACUCAGAAGACUGAAACGGGGGGACCACAUGACCUCAUGCUUUAGGACCACUCAACGUAGUCAGUGGAUUUGUCUCAAAACCAAAAGAAUAUGUCUAUUCACAAACUACUCAUACUUCUCCAUUUCAGAAAGCUGUUAAAGAAAGUAGAAGCACUCAGCUAUUGGAAUGGUUGCCAUAUUUUCUUGAGAGUCUUGGUAUUUUCUUUACAGUGUUUAUUAAUGUUUUCUCUUUCUAAUGUGUACUCUUUCCAGGAAAAGUUCACUAAUUUUGGCCUGAUAUAUUAGUAAAUAUAUGACUGGUUUUGUAUUUGUGAUGUAUGUGAUAAUGAAAUAGUAUGCCUUCAGUGCAGGUCAUUUCCUUUUCUAUAAAGAAUGCUUUACAGCAAGAUUUUCAAUCUUUUUUUUCUAGUGGAAUUUAAACAAUAUCACAUUGCAUCACUAGUUUCUCACAAUCAUAAAAAACUUGCUUUCUGAAACCACAUUUUUCUCAUAUACAAAAACAAUAUAUAGAUUGUUUAAUAAAUUAACAGUAUUGUCUCUGAAGCAGAAAGUGUGAAGGACUUCCCCCACAUACUUGUCAAUUGUAAUCACGCUGACUUUGUUUACGCUUAAUUCUAAACUGUGUUUACAUUUUUUAAAUUAAUUUAUCUUAAAUUUUUUCUUUUUAUAUCAUGGUAAAGCCAUUUAGUUCCACAAAUGUUUUUAUCUUAUUUUUCUGCUAGGUUGUACUUAUGAUCUAUACAUCAAAAGGUCACACACUCUGAAGGCUUUCAAAAGUCAACUCAAAACCCUUUUGACUUAGAAAGUAAGCCAAAGUAGCCAUAAAAAAACUUGUAAAGUCAUCAGUAUGAUUUGCUUCCUAUAAAAUUUAAUUCAUCCUUCUGACGAAUUUUUUUACCUAUAUAUCUAAAAAUUAGAGGUUUUCUUUUAUUUUUUCUCUUAAACUUGAAAAAACUGCUCCAAGAAUUUUUCUUAUAAUGGCUUAUAAUGGUUUUUUGGCUUUUGAUAAUGUAAUUAUGUUUAUAUAGGUGUUUGUGUUUUUCAAUGUUUAUAGUUUUGACAACUUUCAUAAUUUCUAAGUUUUUCUUUUCAUUUAAAGAUUUUUUUCAUUAUUAAAGUACAUUCAUUACGUGUAA